UGGUGUGAAACUUUACAAAAAUAUGCAAAUAGAAAGCUGAGACAAAAACUUGACACCUCGUUUUCCUGCCUUGCACUUUCAUCUAUAGCAAGCCUACUUUGUGUCUCAGGAAGUUCAGCAGAAGCAAACGACUGACACAGACGGUCACAUAAAUUCACCAGAGCUCUUAAUUUCGGUCGCAGAACACUUCCCCUCAAAAAACAAAAAAAACAAAACAAAAAACAAACAAAAAAAAAAACAUUUAACUUUGUUCAAAACAUGUUUACCUCUAUAUACUAUGGAAACAUAAGCAAAGACGAAACGGAGAGAUUACUGGAAAAAUAUGGAAGAGAUGGGAGCUUUUUAAUUCGAGACAGCGAAACGGUACCAGGAUCUUUUUGCCUUUGUGUUCGAAGAGACACAUUUGUCCAUACCUAUCGGAUUUCCCAGACCUCAGGAAAAUGGGCAGUAAAGGCAGCUCCAGCAGUGACUUCUCAGCUCUUUGAGACCUUGGAUAAACUCAUUGACACGUACAGAAGAGCAGUCCCAAGCACCAUGGCUCCCUUGCUUUAUCCCUUGGACAAAACAGCUCUAAACAACAGCAACCAAAAUAAAGAGUUCGACUAUUUGGAGUUGUGCUAGACUGACAUCUUUGCAACAUAAAUGCUCAAAAGCCCAGACAAGCAACCGUGUACACCCGACUUCAACAGAAUUUAUUUUGCUUAUCAUCGUGGACUGAAGUAUUUAGAUGAAAACUGACAAGAAUGGACUGAAUUUCACAGCAGACAGUUUAUGUCAUUGCUGAGUGGGUAGUUGUGGCUGUUUACCUCAAGCCAGUUCAACUCUAUAUGGAAAUCUUUUCUAUUUCUCCCUUUACUUUAAAUAAAAAAAAUACUUUUUGUAAAAGACCAGUGUAACUGUACUAUUUGUUAAU